UGGAGCCCGGCCCGAGUUGGCGGGAGCCCUUGCCGUGAGGAGCAUUUUCUUAAGAAAGCUCUGCUGUGGAGACCGUCUAAAGCCGGGAGUUGAAGGGGCGGGCUGGGGGGCACGAACCUCCUGGGGAAUAAGCCCUCUGAGGAGAGCAAGGUCGGAGACAGCCGCCGGCUCCCCCGCGCCCGUUUCUUCAGGAGCCUGAGAGGUCCUUCCCUUUGGGAGGGCCGGGGGAGGAGACCCAGCCCACUCCCGGGCCGUAGCUGGGAAGGCAGGAGAGACCAGCCAGCAUCUCCGGCGUGGUGGCCACACUGGGGAGACCGGUGGGUGGCCAUCCCUACCCUACGCCUAUCCACGCAAACCCGGAGGGAGAGUCCCGCGCGGAGAAGCCUGGAUCUUUGCUGGAAGGAGAGAGAUCCAGUUGUCUUCGGUAUCCAAGGAGCCCUCCUCUUCCUCCUCCUUCUCCUGCCGCCUCUCUACCACGGCAGUUGCUGGUUGUUGCUUAGGUUGCCUCCAUGGUAACGUGCACAUCCUGUUUACCCCUCCAUCUGGGCAAGUUGAUCUCAUAAGGAACCUACCUACCGUGGACAACCGCUGCCAUCACCACCUGGGGACACCACUCAUUGUGACACGUGGUCCGGCUUCCAUUUAGUUCCCCCAUCCUCUUCCUCCUCUCGCUGCCAAGCUUUUCACACACACCAAAAGGAUCUGGGCUGGAGGCUGCUACUCUGAAGCUUAUUGCACGAGAUAUAGUCGAUCUAUUUCCCAGCCGAGCUCCCAGAGAAGCAAGAAGUAGGAAGAAGUGAGGCGGAGAGUCAAGAGACCCCGACCAGUGGAAGGCAGACCUCACAUUUUCUCUGGUCGAGGGGCUUGGUAACAGCAGGCAAAAUGACGAACCCAUCAGGACACGCCUUGCCAGCCAACUCGAUAGCUGAGAGCCGUGACGGGGAUUUUGGCUGCACAGUAAUGGACCUGAGGAGGCUCAUGGAGCUGCGGUCAACUGAUGCAAUAAACCACAUCAGUGCCCACUACGGAGGUGUGAUGGAUCUCUGCGCCGAACUGAAAACCAACCCCGUGGAAGGUCUAUCUGGGAACCCUACAGACCUAGAAAAACGUAAACAAGUGUUCGGGCAGAACUUUAUCCCCCCCAAAAAGCCCAAGACCUUCUUACAACUAGUGUGGGAAGCCCUUCAAGAUGUCACACUCAUCAUCCUGGAGAUCGCGGCCAUCAUCUCCCUGGUCCUGUCCUUCUACCGCCCCCCUGGGGAAGAGAACGAGCAGUGUGGUCUAGCCGUAAGUAGCUCAGAAGACGAAGGGGAGGCGGAAGCCGGCUGGAUUGAGGGGGCAGCCAUCCUGUUCUCUGUGAUCAUCGUGGUGCUAGUGACUGCCUUCAAUGAUUGGAGCAAAGAGAAGCAGUUCCGCGGGCUGCAGAACCGCAUUGAAAAGGAGCAGAAAUUCUCCAUUAUCCGAAAUGGUCACAUCAUCCAGCUCCCGGUGGCUGAGAUCGUGAUGGGUGACAUUGCCCAAAUCAAAUACGGCGACCUGCUGCCUGCAGACGGGAUCCUGAUCCAGGGGAAUGAUCUCAAGAUUGACGAGAGCUCUCUGACCGGGGAAUCGGAGCAUGUCAAGAAGUCCCUGGAAGGAGACCCCAUGUUGCUCUCAGGGACCCAUGUCAUGGAGGGUUCUGGCCGGAUGGUAGUGACUGCUGUGGGUGUCAACUCCCAGACUGGAAUCAUCUUUACCCUCUUGGGGGCCAGUGAGGGAGAAGAGGAGAAGAAGAAAAAAGGUAAAAAACAAGGAGUCCCUGAAAAUCGCAACAAAGCAAAGACUCAGGAUGGGGUGGCCUUGGAAAUCCAACCACUCAACAGCCAGGAGGGGAUCGACAAUGAGGAAAAGGAGAAAAAGGCAGCCAAGCUGCCCAAAAAGGAGAAGUCGGUGCUGCAGGGCAAGCUGACGCACUUGGCUGUUCAGAUUGGGAAAGCUGGUCUGAUCAUGUCUGCAAUCACAGUGAUCAUCCUGAUUCUGUACUUUGUGAUCGACAACUUUGUGAUACAUCGCAGACCGUGGCUAGCUGAGUGUACCGCCAUCUACGUCCAGUAUUUCGUCAAGUUCUUCAUCAUUGGCAUCACUGUGCUGGUGGUGGCUGUGCCGGAGGGGCUGCCGCUGGCCGUCACCAUUUCACUGGCUUACUCUGUGAAGAAAAUGAUGAAAGACAAUAACCUGGUGCGGCACUUGGAUGCUUGUGAGACCAUGGGCAAUGCCACGGCCAUUUGCUCUGACAAGACAGGCACGCUGACCAUGAACCGCAUGACUGUGGUGCAGGCUUAUAUCGGAGAUACCCGUUACCAUCAGGUCCCAAGCCCCGAUGUCCUCGUGCCCAAGGUGCUGGACCUCAUUGUCAAUGGCAUUUCUAUCAACAGUGCCUAUACCUCCAAGAUUCUGCCUCCGGAGAAGGAGGGGGGUCUGCCGCGGCAGGUGGGCAACAAGACGGAGUGUGCGCUGCUGGGCUUUGUCACGGACCUGAAGCAGGACUACCACGCGGUGCGCAGUGAGGUGCCCGAGGAGAAGCUGUACAAGGUGUACACCUUCAACUCGGUGCGCAAGUCCAUGAGCACCGUCAUCCAGAAGCCCGGCGGCGGCUUCCGCAUGUACAGCAAGGGCGCAUCUGAGAUCAUCUUGCGCAAGUGUAACCGCAUCCUGGACAAGAAAGGGGAAGCAGUGCCGUUCAAGAGUAAGGACCGAGAUGAGAUGAUACGCGCUGUCAUUGAGCCCAUGGCCUCCGAGGGACUCCGGACGAUCUGCAUAGCUUACCGGGAUUUCAGCGUAGAGCCCCUGUGGGACAACGAGGCCGAAAUCCUCACUGAGCUGACCUGUAUCGCAGUGGUGGGCAUUGAGGACCCCGUGCGCCCGGAGGUACCAGAAGCAAUUGCCAAAUGCAAACGGGCAGGCAUCACUGUCAGAAUGGUGACGGGUGACAAUAUCAACACGGCCCGGGCCAUCGCCACCAAAUGUGGCAUUCUGACACCUGGGGACGACUUACUGUGCUUAGAAGGCAAAGAAUUCAAUCGACUCAUCCGCAACGAGAAGGGCGAGGUAGAGCAAGAAGAGCUGGACAAAAUCUGGCCGAGACUCCGAGUCCUGGCGCGAUCUUCCCCCACUGACAAGCAUACCCUGGUGAAAGGCAUCAUUGACAGCACUGUUGGGGAGCAGCGACAGGUGGUGGCUGUCACCGGUGAUGGCACGAAUGAUGGGCCGGCUCUGAAGAAAGCAGAUGUUGGCUUUGCCAUGGGCAUCGCAGGCACGGAUGUGGCAAAGGAGGCAUCAGACAUCAUCCUAACAGACGACAACUUCACCAGCAUCGUGAAGGCCGUGAUGUGGGGGCGGAACGUCUAUGACAGCAUCUCCAAGUUCCUGCAGUUCCAGCUGACUGUCAACGUGGUGGCCGUGAUCGUGGCCUUCACUGGGGCCUGUAUCACUCAGGACUCCCCCUUGAAAGCCGUGCAGAUGCUGUGGGUUAAUCUCAUCAUGGACACUUUCGCCUCGUUGGCCCUGGCCACCGAGCCCCCUACGGAUUCUCUGCUGAAGCGUCGCCCCUACGGCCGGAACAAGCCUCUGAUCUCGCGCACUAUGAUGAAGAACAUUUUGGGCCACGCAGUCUAUCAGCUCACUGUCAUCUUCUUCCUCGUCUUUGCUGGUGAGAAGUUUUUUGACAUCGAUAGUGGGAGGUUGGCACCCCUCCAUUCACCUCCCAGCCAGCACUAUACCAUCGUCUUCAACACCUUCGUGCUGAUGCAACUCUUCAAUGAAAUCAACUCCCGCAAGAUCCACGGAGAGAGGAAUGUCUUUUCAGGCAUCUUCCACAACCUCAUCUUCUGCUCUGUUGUCUUGGGCACAUUUGUCAGCCAGAUUCUCAUUGUGGAAUUCGGGGGGAAGCCCUUCAGCUGUACGAAGCUCACCCUGUCCCAGUGGUUCUGGUGUCUCUUCAUCGGCAUCGGAGAGCUGCUGUGGGCCCAGAUCAUUUCCACGAUACCUACCCAAUCCCUGAAGUUCCUGAAGGAAGCUGGGCAUGGCACCACCAAAGAGGAGAUCACCAAGGAUGCUGAGGGGCUGGAUGAGAUUGACCACGCGGAGAUGGAGCUACGCCGAGGCCAGAUCCUCUGGUUCCGGGGCCUGAACCGCAUCCAGACUCAGAUCGACGUAAUUAACACAUUCCAGAUGGGAGCCUCUUUUCAGGGAGUCCCAAAGCGCCAGACCAUGAGUCAACACCUUGAUGUAAAACAUGUUCAUAGAUCCUAUAUCAAAGUGGUCAAAGCGUUCCAUAGUUCCCUCCACGAAAGCAUUCAGAAACCCAUGAACCAGAACUCCAUCCACAACUUCAUGACCCACCCCGAAUUCACCAUAGAUGAGGAGGGGCCACGGACACCACUCAUGGAUGAGCAAGAAGAGGAAGGUCUUGAGAAGUUUUCUAAGCCUGGGACUAGCAUGGCCCCGUUGGAUGGUGAGGUCACUCCAUAUGCCAACAGAAACAACAACGCGGUGGACUGCAGCCAAGUGCAGGUUGCUGCCUCCCACUCGGACAGCCCUCUGCACAGCCUGGAGACGUCAGUUUGAACUGGGUUCUCUGACUCCCGUUCCUGCUCACCCUGUUGCCCUUUGUAUCUCUCCCUUCAGUACGGUGAGAAUGGGACUUCUCACUGUCAUGUCAGCUGCUCCCAAGCGUGUCUGAACCCCCACCUGACCGUGAGGAGGGAAGAGCACAGACCUACAAGGAUUUUGACUUAAACUUGAGUUGGGGUUUGUACCAGGACCCUGUUCGACCCCAAGUAGGUAACGAAUGGUAGAACCGACUCUUUAGGUCUAUCAGUUGUCACUUUUAAAGAAGUGGUGACAAUCGUCUUGGCAUCUACCCCAGCCCAGAUGCUCCCCAGUAUUCACAUCUAUGUCACCAGUCUCCUGACGUCUGGGUUUUUGACCCUAUGCGUCUGCGCCGUUUACAAGCUCAUUUAAGGGUUCAGAGCCACAAACAUCCUCACAUGAAAUGUGUUCAGGUAGGAAUGGAAGGUGUAGAUGCAGCUGAGGGAGUGAUUGUUUUAAAACAAUUUUUCCAUUUUGAAAACUUACACCUAGAGUGCUUCACCUUUCCUGCCCUUCCAGCCCGACCUCCCCGCAGCCUCUCGGUCUCUUGUGACCAUUGUUUUCCUUGGCUUCCUUCUUUUUUUUUUUUUUUUUUUUUAAAGUUGUAAUGAUUCAGAAAAUGGAAAGGGCAUGGAAGAAUGGAGUAGACUUUAACCAUCCUCCCUUAUGGCCCCAGUGGAACUCUUGAUUUAGUGCUAGAGGCAAAUAGGUUUCUUUGCUAACAGGGUCCUUUGGAAGCAAUUGAGAGCUGGUAAGAAUGUGUUCCUGCUGUUGCCAGGUUAUCUACUUUUAAAACAUUUUGAUUUUGAAAAUAUGCAUCCAAAGUGGGAAGCUCCAGUGACACUUUGCUGACUUAAAGGAGCAAAGGACCCACCCUGAGAAGCCCCUCUCCUCCCUCCCUCCCUCAGUGGGGUGAGGUGGAGCCACGUCUACAGGACCUCUAAUGUUCCUCCUUGCUGAUGGUGACGUGUGCUCUCCUGUGCAGGGGUCAGCUCAUGUCUGCCAAUUCGUGUCUCCUACGAGAUAAGUGAAGCCUGCCCUGCUCUUCCUUGAGUGGUGGGAGUAGGGAGAAGGGGCUCGAGGCUCUUACGAACUGCCAUGUUUCCAUCUGGGAGAGUCAGGUGCCCGAAACCUAUCCUCUCCAGCCUUUUCUUCCUCCUCCCUCACCCUUUUCAUCUGAGCUGUCCUAGGAUGGAAGAAUUAAAGGAGCAGUCCCCCCGACACAUCCCAUUACUACACAAUCCACCAGAUUUGAUUUGGGUUUGUAAAGGUUCCAUGCUUCAGCGAUCUUUUCUCUGUCUUAAAUGCUCAUGGGGGAAAAAACAGCUCAACCCAAGCUGUUAGGUGUUCACAUAUAUAUUUAUUAAUUACAUUGGAAGAUUUAGUUCUGUCGAGUCUUGUAUUACCUCAGAUCAGUUUUUAGAAUAAACUCUGGAGGCUGUUUUUUCAUUCCUGCUCCCAAAAGAC